CCUAAUUGAAACUAAGUUGAAACUUUCAAAUAUAUUAUACGUGAUUUAUUUAAAGUUAGCUUAAUCAAGCAAGAAGUAAAGCUAGUCAGAAACAGAGAGAAAACGUGUGAAUCACUGUUUGCAAGCAACUUGGCGCAGAUGCAGAUGGCGACGCUCAUCGAUUAUCAACAAAUCAAGCGCUGUCGCAAGAAAUUGCGGCAGAUUGAUCACUUGGAGUCACUCAAACGUCCACUGACAGCGAAUGAGCGUGCGAAGCUUGAGAAGAAGGAGACACUACAACUAGGACUACGCCAGGCUUUGUCCGGAGACGAACGUUCUUUCGAGGAACAGUCUUCGGAUUCGAACGAAUCGAGCUGUGGAGAAACGGAGGUCGCUGACGGCCUCUCGGUUAGGGCAAUGAAAAGACCGGCCGAGGCAGGUGAUAGUGCCGUUAAAGAGGAACACGAGAACAGAGACAACAAAGCGAAAAAGAGCCGCUGCCCCGAACGAGGCUACGUCGAGCAGUCCGAGCCAGAGGACGACCGUGCGACCACCUCUCGGGAGUCUCCGUCUCCCUGCUCCCAUGGAAAAGUCCGGUGUUCAGCGCAAGAGAGAAAAAGCCGGAGCCGACAAAAAAAGCGCCUCCCGCCCAAGCUGAUGCAUCCAUACUCCACUCCGUCUUCGCCCCCCUGCCUACGCCCCCUGGUGAUCCCGACCGCGCCCACAGCACCCCUGGAGACAGCCCCCGAGAAGUGGCUGCUGCACUACAAGCGGCUCAAAAAGGCCGGUUUCACCGUGCGAGAACUCAAGGGCCACCACGACAUCGUGUGGUCAGUGGCUCUCGACGGAAACGUCCUCGUCUCUGCAAGUCGGGACACCACGUUGAGGGUGUGGAACGCACAGUCCGGCCAGGAGUUAUGCAGCCUGCGUGGUCACACGUCCUCCGUUAAUGCGGCCCUGCUCCUCUCGGCGGAGCAGACAAGAGUGUUGAGUUCCCGCCUGGGCUGCCCGGCGGCCCAUCGCAUUGCGGUCAGCGGUUCGUCGGACUGCUACCUCAACCUGUGGCUUGCUCUUCAAGGUGAGCUGCUCAAGUCAAUGUACACAUACAACCCCAUUUCUACUCUGGCGGUGCUCAAUGAGGACUGCCUCAUUGUCGUUGGGACGGAAGGUGGGAAGAUUGAGGUCUGGGACGUUGUCCAAGCCGUCGUGGUCAGCUCCGUGAUUGGCCAUGAGGGCUCCAUUGCAGCACUGUGGGUUGACGGACCCACCACAAUAGUCACGGGCUCCAGCGACAGGAGCCUGAAGGUGUGGCAGUUCCUGUCGGGCGAGCUGUGUGCGGUGCAGGUGAUCGGAGACUGUGUGCCGCGCGGGCAUCACAUCCGCAGUCUGGCCACGGACGGCUACAGGAUCUUCGUGGGAGCGGAUAGCUCCAACCUCAAGGUCAUCAACUGGUCCUCCGGGAGGAUAGAUCGCCUUAGAAACCAUCCGCAAGAGCAGGGAUCCACCCCAGCUGUGUUCAUCAAGGCUGGACUGGUGCUGGCCUCCUCUUGUGAUCUGGACACUGGAUGCAGUGCAGUCAACAUGCGAAUGCUUCCUGGUGGAGACUACGUGGGAACCUUACAACGGGAAGGCCAGGGCAAAGCAUUCGCGCUCGCUUCGGACAUUGUGGAGGACGUCACGCUCAGGAUCGUAACGGGGGGCAUUGGACUCUCAGUCUGGGACUGGACGCCUCAGGACAAACCAGGGGAUCAGCCGGUGGUAUUCCUGGAAGCGCUGGCGGAGUGCGCAUCGGGCAGCACCAGUGGCAGCACCAGUGCCGAGAGCGACCACGAAGUAGACAAGCCUACCGGCAGCCCCGAAAGACGGCUCCUGCCAUUCCAGGAGAGCCGCAGCUGGUUCAGUCAGUGGUGCAGCCUCAUGUGAAUACCGUGCUGCGAAUACACGUGCUCCUGUUGCUCAAGGCACAAAGAGUGCCUUAACUUUUACACUCGGCAACCAGUCAAGGCAAUCUAGUGGACGACAGGCUUAGGAGCCACACAUUUUAUGGACGGGUCAUCUAGUGCCCGCCCUUUUAUUCGUUUUUAGCCUACUCAAUUUAAUGAAUUAAAGGAGAGUUUACACCUUG